UACUAUUGCCACACGCAACUCUGAAGUCUGAACUCGGUACUCUUUUCGAACACGCUGUACGGUCUCUUCCAUAGGCCUAUGUCUUAGUGUAACGUUAUUCGAUUGUUCGAAUUAUUAUUCAUAUUUUUUAAGCUGUCGCUUCGUUCUUAAACGUAUCUAACAUCUCUACGCCACAAGAUGGGUAGAGAGGACAAAGCGACUUGGAAAGCAAACUAUUUUGUUAAAUUGGUGACUCUGUUGGACGAGUUUCCAAAAUGUUUCAUUGUUGGUGCCGACAAUGUUGGAUCAAAACAGAUGCAGCAGAUCCGCAUCAGUCUUCGUGGAAACGCUGUUGUUCUGAUGGGCAAAAAUACAAUGAUGAGGAAAGCCAUUAAGGGGCACAUUGAUCGUAACCAGUCACUUGAGAAAAUCUUGCCUCACAUUAGAGGUAAUGUAGGUUUUGUCUUCACUCGUAGUGAUUUGGUUGAAAUCAGAGACAAGCUAUUGGAAAACAAAGUACGUGCUCCAGCUCGUCCUGGUGCUAUUGCUCCAUGUGAUGUCAUCAUCCCUUCCCAAAACACCGGUCUUGGUCCAGAAAAAACUUCUUUCUUCCAAGCAUUGUCAAUUGCUACCAAGAUUUCCAAGGGAACUAUUGAAAUCAUUAAUGACGUGCACAUUUUGAAAGAAGGAGAAAAGGUAGGAGCUUCUGAGGCUACAUUGUUGAACAUGUUGAACAUUUCACCGUUUUCAUAUGGUUUAGCUGUGCAACAAGUAUAUGAUUCUGGUACUAUUUUUGAACCAGAAAUCUUGGAUAUCAAACCAGAAGAUUUAAUAAAAACUUUCUUGGUUGGAGUAACACAAUUGACAUCGGUUUGUCUAGCAGUCAGCUAUCCAACUGUAGUAUCUGCACCUCAUAUGUUGAUCAAUGGAUUCAAGAACCUUGUUGCUAUUGCUGCUGAAACUGAAAUUGAUUUUAAAGAAGCUACUACAUUCAAGGAGUAUCUUAAGGAUCCAUCUAAGUUUGCUGUUGCUGUAGCAGCUCCAGUUGAGAGUGCUGCACCAAAAGCAGAAGCUAAAAAGGAAGAAAAGGUAGAAAGUGAAGAAGAAGAAGACGAUGAUAUGGGCUUUGGUCUUUUUGACUGAGUUUUGUUCAUUUUUUGACUUUUGACUAUUAAAAAAAAAAACAUUUAA